GAGACCAAGUUUAUCCAAGACACUGAUAAUGAACCCAUUCUGGGUACAACGGGUCCUUGUCCCUACCCAGAGCUGAUAUAAAGCCAGAGUCCCGGCAAAGCCAGGAUUUGGAACUGUAGCCUGCAGACAGGACCUCCUUCUUAGGACAUGGACAAGCUGCUGGUGCUGGGAGUGACUCUGCUCUGCCUCCUGCAUGGGGCUGUGGCCAUAGAAUGCAGAGUCUGUGCACUAUACCACCGCAACUCCUGCAUCCAUGGGAAGGGAACCUGCACUCUGAAAGAGAACGAGUCCUGCGUAAGACUGGACAUAAUGAAGGAAGACAACCAUGAAAAUGAAGGCAUGGCCAUAAUGGGGUGUCAAAAGAAUUGCAACUCGCUUGAUUUUCACAAGCAGAACAUUGUCUCCAACACCAGAUGCUGCCAAGAUAAAGACUUCUGCAAUGAGUUUUAGCAAGGGGCUUUGCCUCCCACUCAGUCCUGCUUUGUUCUGUGUAGAAGCCAGGUGAGGGGAUGAUGGCAAGCUAACACAGUCAUUCUCCUGCU